AGCAGAGGCAAAAACACUAGAAGACGGUCAUGAGAGGAGUACUAAAAGUACACUGCAAACACAUCUGGAAGGAAACUAAGGUGGUUGGAUGUUACACUCUGGAAAUGGAAGGAAGGAGUUGACCAAUCAUUUCCCUCAUAACUGCCAAGCUGGCCCUUGGAUCAGCUGAUCAAGAAAUAACGGUCAAGACCUCUCACAGGAGCAUCUACCCUGUGGAGCCUGCCUUCAAAAAGUUGAAGGUAGGGAGUUAGGCCAAAGGAACGUUAAACAGGCGUGGAACUGAGCAUUCCAAUAAGGUAACAUGAUGGUCGAGUGGCUAUCACAUCUGCCACCCGAAGUUUGGGUUAUGGUGUUCAGUUACCUGAGCACACAGGAAAAGCACAGGGUACGCUGCUGCUGCAAAGUCCUCAAAAAGCUGAUUGACCACCCAUGCCUAUGGCGGAAUCACAUGGUGGUCCUAUCCAACUUUCCACGUUACACAGCUGGAUUCUGGGACACACUAAAGUAUCGCAGGGUGACCCGUGUUGUAGUGCAACGUUUGAGGCCCAAAGACUGGAAACACCUUGUGAAGUCCCUCCCACGGCUCACCACUAUUGUCUGCAUGGAGGGACAGCAGCAUUACAAGAAGAAAAAUGUGGACAACCUGCUUCAUUUCCCCAACCUAAAGACUCUCGGGAUACGAAACGCCACAUGGAGCGAGCCGAUGCUACAGCAGUGUCAGACUGGGCAUCUAGCAGAGCGGCUGACUCACCUGAGUGCUGAAGGAAAGCUGCAGGUGGUGGAACCGGUGCCAUCUAAGGCCUUCCAUAACUUGCUAUUGAACCUAAAGAAGCUGAAACACUUAUCCUGGGAGAUACAAGAGAAGCCAGAAGUGCCACUGCCCGAUGACUACUUUUAUCCCCCAGACCCAGAAGACCCAGAAGCGUACGGUGGCCCAACACUGACCUCUCUGGAGUUGGUGAAUUACCCAGAAACCAUGCUGUCUGAGAAUGCGCUGAGGGGACUGACCUCACUGAAGUCACUGACUGUUCACUAUAGGUACCUAAAAAUCGACGUCAAAUGUCGUCUGCAGUCCUGGCUGAGUCAUCUGCAAGAGCUAGAAUCACUUGAAAUCAUUGGUGGGAAUUCUCUUGCUCUCUAUACAACCACUUUUCCACCCCAUGUGACCAGGCUGGCGCUGAGAGUGAUCAUAUCACUCAAGGAUUUAUGCUUCAUGGCGAAGAAAGUCAAGAAACUUGAGCACCUCGACAUGCAUCAGAACCGCUUCUCUGGCAGUCUCUGCAAAAAGCUUCCCUCACUAUUUCCUCAGCUCAAGACUCUCAGGAUACGAUAUUUCCAUGAGGAACCAAAAAGAGACCUCCUGUUCCUCCGCAACCUAAAACACCUCGAGCAGCUGGAGCUGAUCGUGGAGCGCUCGUGCAUUCUCAAAAGUGAACGCAACGACCAUCCCUGGCCGAGUCCGUCUUCGCAGGAGCUGAUCAGAGAGCUGCAGGAGCUGUCCGAGAACAGGAUCAACAUCAUCACCACAAUGCGACAAAGAAACCUUUUUCGAGAAUGUGAUUGUGUUUGGGAAGGGGAGUAAAGACACUGCGGUUAAGCCGCAGGUAGCCGAAUGAUAGACAUUGACAUUCAGACAACACUGUCAUUUGAAGUCAACCAGACUCAGAGACACUGCAGAGAUUUUUUUUCUCUUUUUCCCACAAAGUCUUAUGUUUUCAAACUGUUUCAACAUCUCACUCAGUAUCUGAAUUCUGACACGAUCAUACAAUCAUACACUCAUGUCUAUAACCCAGCGGCAGCCACAGCAGCACAACGCAGUGAUGUGAUGUUACAAAAAUUGAGAUUUGCACAACCGGCCGAAGCAACACCAAUGUGCGUUAGUGGAUGUGACAUCAAGUUUGGCGCUGUGCAACAAGGGCUAAGCACUGAGCUAAAAAGCACCGUUAACAGGCAGGACCCUAAAUGUGAGCAGUCUGAAAAGUCUUAAGAUGUAUAUUUCAAAGCCCACAACAACAACAACAACAACAACAACAACAACAACAACAACAACAAAGCCACAUUACUGCAGAGGGGUUAUUGAGCUGUCGGCCUAAUCAAAAAGCUUUUUCUGGUGACUAAUUUACAUGAACUGUGUUGUAGAUCUUUGUAGAAGAUUUGAAUCUUUGUAGAUUUACAUGAAUUGUAGAUCAAGGAAGGACUCAGUUUCCUUAAAUUUAUUAUUUUUUUUGCGUUCAAGGUCAUUUAAAGUAGUUUUCUUUUUUUCUUAAACAGGGAGAAAUGAUAGAUCCAUUGUUUGCAUAUUGAUUUUGCUCCGGCUGAUUUUUUUUUUUUUUAAACUGAAGUGACUGUCAUUAUAAUCUAUUUGUUUCUCCGGCACAAAGAAGGAAAGCAAAUAACGAAAGUACAAAACAAACCCCAACCGUUAGCAUCAAAACUGAGUAGCAAGCAAACUGAACUGAAAAGGCAAGAAGCUGCUUCUUUGUAGCUCCACUGAAAUGCUACAGAUUGUUAAUUAAUGUUAAUUCAGUGCUUAAUUUUUGAAUUUUUUUAGCCUUUGUUUUUUUUUCUAGUACAAGCCAUUUUUUCUGAAGAAUUGCAGUCUUUGAUUGGAUCCUCUCUUCUUCUUUUGCAUGUAUAAAAUCAAGCAUCUAGCCAUGCCGCAUCAUUUUAUUUGUCAAAGAAUGGGUUGUUCUAAAGAGCCCACUGAUAUUAAGCAUGGUACUGUAAUGUGAUGUCACUGCUAUUUCCUCCCAUCCUCACAGCUUCAGGUAUGAAGCUCCUGAGAAAUGUAAAAGUUUUUGUUUGGGGCAGCUUUUAUAUCUCCUCCCUGAUGGUAAGAGUGAAAAAACUCAAUGGGAACCACUGAAGGUGUCCUACAUGAUACUGGAAACUCUGUGGAUGUAGUACUGUUUGAUCAUCUCCAGCAUGGAUGAGACAGUGAUGGCAAUGAUCUUUCCUGCUGUUCACACAAGCCUGCCCAGUUGUUGU